CACAACUCUCACAUAAUCCCGCAUUCGCAUUUCCUCCUCAGAGAUACAAAACCAAACCCAUCUCUCCCCAAUUUCUUCUAUCAAAACCUAUAAAAGAACAUCUUUUUUGAAAAUUUCCCACCUCCAUUUCCCAACUUUCCUCCGAUUUCAAUUUCCCUACUUCUCAUUUUCUUUCCCGAUUAUUUUCGAAACCCUAGAUUGUUUAAGGCUCAGAAAUUGUGAGCAAAGGAGGUUGCGCAGAUCUGAUUCAGGACGAUCAAUAGACCAAUUGCCUGGAACCGACAAGAAUAAUUAAAGAAUUAAACUUUGAUUUGAUUUAUUUGCUUAUCGUAAAUUAGUAUUUUUGUGAAAUCGACGGAGCCCUUUAUAGUGGGAUACUGGAAAUGGGGGAUCAAAGUGGAUUAGAAGAGAGCCAACCUGUAGAUCUUUCCAUUCACCCCUCUGGCAUCGUUCCCACUCUUCAGAAUAUCGUAUCUACAGUUAACUUGGAUUGUAAAUUGGAUCUUAAGCAAAUUGCGUUGCAAGCUCGAAAUGCAGAAUACAACCCCAAGCGUUUUGCUGCUGUAAUUAUGAGAAUAAGGGAGCCAAAAACUACAGCUUUGAUUUUUGCCUCUGGGAAGAUGGUAUGCACAGGUGCAAAAAGUGAACAUCAAUCAAAACUGGCAGCAAGGAAGUAUGCUCGAAUCAUCCAAAAGCUUGGGUUUAAUGCUAAAUUUAAGGAUUUCAAGAUUCAAAAUAUUGUUGGCUCCUGUGAUGUUAAAUUUCCGAUAAGACUUGAGGGUCUUGCAUACUCCCACGGUGCCUUUUCAAGUUAUGAGCCAGAGCUUUUCCCGGGUUUGAUAUAUCGAAUGAAGCAGCCAAAGAUUGUUCUUCUUAUAUUUGUGUCAGGGAAAAUUGUUAUUACGGGUGCAAAGGUGAGGGAUGACACAUACAAGGCCUUUGAAAACAUAUACCCUGUCCUUACAGAGUUCAGGAAGGUCCAGCAAUGAUCCUACUUAUACCAGACGGCGUUAGCAUUUGCUGGGAGGCAGACACGCAUCUCUGAAGGUAGCUUGCGGUGCUGUGGUAGGCAAUGCCUUGUGGUGCUGGUGCGACAUAUUUUUGGUUAUUUCUGGUUGGGUUGCGAAGGGGUUAGCACUUAGGUGUGAAUAUGUAACAGGAAAAGCAGCUUUGUUGUUGUUGUUGGUAACUUGGUGUGGCAAGAGGAUGCGCCAAGGCAGGGUUGAUGGGAUUGUUUGUGAUGUCGGAGGAAUUUAUAAAUAAAACGUUGCAGUUUUGAUAGUAGAAACAUUUUGAUUGAAUCUCAACGAUAGUGUUCUUACCUUUCUGAUUCA